GAGGAUAUAAACCCUGCCGGGAAUGGUCAGAGCAGAGCAGAUUGAGGCCGUUUUCUCCCACCUGUUUCCUUCCGCCGCACGUUCACAGACCGGCUCCCGAGGAUGGCGGCGAGGAAGCCGUGGGCGAGCGCAGCGGCCGUGGGCCUGUGCCUGCUGCUGUGGCUGGCGGCCCUGGCGGAUGGCUACCCGGUCAAGCCCCAGCCCCCCCCGGACAACGCGACCCCCGAGGAGUUGGCCCAGUACUUCGCCUCCCUCAGGCACUACCUCAACUUGGUCACGCGGCAGAGGUACGGAAAGAGGGAGAAUCCCGGGGCCCUGGUGUCCGAGCUGCUUUUUGGGGACAGCGGGGACCUCAACAGCCGGUUAAAGUCUGAAGCCACCUACUCCUGGUGAUGGCUGCCUUCCCGUGUUCGGUACUGAUGGACAACCCAAAUUCCUAUGCUGAUUGUCGCCUUCUCCCCUGGGCUCCUCCUCCUGCUGUGCCCACCUCUUGACCCCUGAUCCCAACUCCACUUGGAAGGGCUCCCUGGCUCCGAAGGGAGGGCUGGGGCCACAUCUCUCCCUGGUUCAGGCCUGCCCCAACAUCCACUGCCAGGAUGGGAUUUUCACGCCAUUUGGACAGGGCUCGUUGCUGGCCUCCUGCCUCCCCAAUAAAGCACA